GCGCAGGCGUGUGACGUUGGGCAGUGCAGCGCGGCAGAUUUAAAAGGAACAAAGCCUCAGAGCGGGCAGCAGAGUGAGCCGGGAGCAGAGUGAAGACUUAAGGGCUUCGGCUCACCGGGCUUAGGCGGAAGCGGGUUCUUCCAGCUCUGGAACUGGGAAUUCUGCACAGCCGGAAUUCUGCCUACAGAAGGAACUAGAGCGAGCUGAGAGACUGGGAUACCCGUGAGGAUGCCGCACUCCGAUGGGAAGGCAGAGAUGCUCCUGUGGAUACUGACAGUCCUUCCCACUGUGGUCCAGUGCAGAGCGGCCGUGGCCUCCCCGGACACUAUCACCACCGUCCCUGUUGGUGGAUCCGUCCACUUCCCCAUCCUCCAUGGCAGUGAGGACAAGUACGAGGUGACUCUGGGGAAAACGUUCCCGAACCAGCUGAAGAUCUUGGCCUGGAUGUCAGACCGACCGGAGAGUCCGUACGUGAUCCGGCCGUCCUACAGGAACCGGAUUCACUUCCGGAGAGAUAGUGUUAUCGAGAUGCGAGGCAUCAAGAUGAGUGACCAGGGGACGUACGAGGUGCAGACAAACUACUUUGGGAGGGAGCUGAGAAACCGUGACCGUGACCAGUUUGAGAUCUGUGUUGUCGAGCCGGUGUCUGAGCCAAGAGUGGAGAUCAGCAGGAAUGCCUCCCACAUCACGCUGAACUGCACGGCUCUCGGAAGCGGACAGAUCACCUAUCGGUGGGAAAGGCAGACAGACGCUACCGUUGGGAACGACACCUUCCAUGGAGCCCUGCUGGUCCUGCAGAACGAUGGGCUGAGUGGCCACACCUACCACUGCAUUGCUGAAGAUUGCUGCAGUCGGCAGAUCAGCCUCCCGGUCUCUGUUGACUUCAACCCAGCCAGCAAGUCCAGAAAUUAUUGGGCCAGUGUCCUCAGCUUUACAGUCGUUGUGAUAUUGAUCUUGGGUCUGUAUCUGCUCAGGAAAUCUCAGUCAAGCCCACUCAGAAACCAAGGGCCAGGAGAGUUCCAGUGAGGAUGAGGGUUUGGACUGUGCUAUUUUGGAAUUUCGUGGCUCCUCUGAUCCAGUGUGAACUGGAACCGGGACAGCGCUGAAUGUUCCUCCCUCCAGCUACUGUCUCUACCAUGACCCCCACCCACCCCUCCCUCUUCCCCUCCCUCUUCCCCUCCCUCUUCCCCUCCCUCUUCCCCUCCCUCUUCCCCUCCCUCUUCCCCUCCCUCUUCCCCUCCCUCUUCCCCUCCCUCUUCCCCUUCCCUUUUAAUUCUCAGAAUUAAAAUGUGUGAACACCUACACUCUGUCCGCCAGAGAAAGCAGGAUCUCCCAGUGGCCACACAUUUUAAUUCCACAUCCCAUUCCCAUUCUGACAUGUCUAUCCACGGCCUCCUCUACUGUAAAGAUGAAGCCACACUCAGGUUGGAGGAACAACACCUUAUAUUCCAUCUGGGUUGCCUGAUGGCAUGAACAUUGACUUCUCUAACUUCCGUUAAUGUCCCACCUCCCCCUCGUACCCCAUCCGUUAUUUAUUUUUAUUAUUAUUAUUUUUUUUCUCUCUCUCCUUUUUCUCCCUCUGUCCCUCUGACUAUACCCCUUGCCCAUCCUCUGGGCUCACCCCCACCCCCCACUUUCUCCCUGGGCCUCUCAUCCUGUGAUCCUCUCAUAUCCCCUUUGCCAAUCACCUGUCCAGCUCUUGGCUCCAUCCCUCCCCCUCCUGUCUUCUCCUAUCAUUUUUGAUCCCCCCCUCCCCUCCCACUUUCAAAUCUCUUACUAGCUCUUCCUUCAGUUAGUCCUGAUGAAGGGUCUCGGCCUGAAACAUCGACUAGAGAUGCUGCCUGGCCUGCUGCGUUCACCAGCAACUUUGAUGUGUGUUGUUUGAAAAGAUAAGUAGCAAUCUUUUUGUGCUGUCGUUAUUUGAUCCAGCAAAUUUACGUUUACAGGCCCACAGUAUUGUAUCAAGCCAAUUACAUAUUUGUAAUCAAAUGCCCAAUUGAACUGACCCUUCCUGUCUACACAACGUCCGUAUCCCUCUGUUUCCUGCACAUUCAUGAGCCUGAGAGCCUCAUAAACACUUCCAUCACAUCUCCACCUUUGGCUGCACAAUCCGGGCACUUCCCAUUCUCUCUGUAAAAAAAAAAAAAAUGCCCUUUCUGAUCCCUUUAAAUUUCCUCUCUCUAACCUUUCGGUUGUUGAGGUGGAGGUACAUCUCUACUAAAGGAGGUGUAAGGCACUCGUUCCCUCUGCCAGCCCGCGGGACACUUUACUAUAUAGUCCAUUUUAAAUGACUUUGCCUCCACAGUGUCUGUGACAAUGAAUUCCACAGAUUCACCACCCUCUGGCUAGAGAAAUUCCUCCUUGUCUCUGUUCAAAAUGGACGUCCCUCUACCACCACCCUGACACCGCAAAGGCCCCACCCUCAACCUUGUCUUAAGGUCGUAACUCUGUUGGGGUGUUGCUCUUUCCGAGCAUUUCUGUGUUCUCUUUAAAAUGACUAUGUCCCGUUAUUUAUUUCUAUACACACAUUCUUUCUCUCUCUCUCUCCUUUUUCUCCCUCUGUCCCUCUGACUCUACCACUUGCCCAUCCCCUGGGUUCCCCCCUGUUGUCUUUCUCCCCGGACCUCCUGUCCCAUGAACCUCUCAUAUCCCUUUGCCUAUCACCUGUCCAGCUCUUGGCUCCAUCCCUCCCCCUCCUGUCUUCUCCUAUCGUUUUGGAUCUCCCCCUCCCCCUCCCACUAUCUCUUACUAGCUCUUCCUUCAGUUAGUCUUGAAGAAGGGUCUCGGCCUGAAGCGUCGACUGUACAUCUUCCUAGAGAUGCUGCCUAGCCUGCUGUGUUCACCAGCAACUUAAGACCAUAAGACAAAGUAGCAGAAGUCGGCCAUUUGGCCCCUGGAGUCUGCUCCACCAUUUUAUCAUGAGCUGAUCCAUUCUCCCAUGUAGUUCCACUCCCCCACCUUCUCACCAUAACCUUUGAUGCCCUGGCUACUCAGAUACCUAUCAAUCUCUGCCUUAAAUACACUCAAUGACUUGGCCUCCAUUGCUGCCCGUGGCAAGAAAUUCCAUAGAUUCACCACCCUCUGGCUAAAAAAAUUUCUUCGCAUCUCUGUUCUGAAUGGGCGCCUUUCAAUCCUUAAGUCAUGCCCUCUCGUACUAGACUCCCCCAUCAUGGGAAACAACUUUGCCACAUCCACUCUGUCCAUGCCUUUUAACAUUCGAAAUGUUUCUAUGAGGUCUCCCCUCAUUCUUCUAAACUCCAAGGAAUACAGUCCAAGAGCAGACAAACGUUCCUCAUAUGUUAACCCUCUCAUUCCUGGAAUCAUUCUAGUGAAUCUUCUCUGUACCCUCUCCAACGUCAGCACAUCCUUUCUUAAAUGAGGAGACCAAAACUGCCCACAGUACUCCAAGUGAGGUCUCACCAGUGCCUUAUAGAGCCUCAACAUCACAUCCCUGCUCCUAUACUCUAUUCCCCUAGAAAUGAAUGCCAACAUUGAAUUCGCCUUCUUCACCACCGACUUUGUGUGUUGCUUGAAUUUCCAGCAUCUGCAGAAUUCCUCGUGUUUGCGGGACCCUUCGUCCCUGCUCCUCCUCAACGAUUCCCGCAACCACAUUCAGGCAUGCACCUGUUCUCCCAGCACCGGAAAUACGUCCCAGAGUUUCGUGUAGGGGCGGGAUGUUUAAAGAAUGCUGGGGACGUGAUUGGAUACACCAAGUCACGUUUCCCUGAUGAUUGGCUGAAUAACAUAUAAUGCAAAAAAGUGGGUUGGUGGGGGCCGGAGCAGAGCAGGAGUGGGGAUAUUUGGCUGGCUGUGUUUUGAUUGAUGCGUGAAUGUGGUUUGGAACCUGUUGAGGGAAAGAGAGUGGGGAAGGAACGGAA